CUCUCGCGAAGAGCUAACCUCUUUGCGGCGCUCGUUCUCCUGGCUUCCUCUGAAGGUCUGCGUGCCUAGCCGUGUCUGCAAGUAGUCUAUUCAUGUAGGAUCACUGCCCUUUUACUUCAGCCAUGGAGAGAUGACGAUCAGAUCAGUCUGUUUGUCUAGCGGGAAUGCGUUCACAACUCUUUGAAAUGGCGGACAACCGACGUCUGUACGAUCCACAAGCCAUGACGUUCCUGCCCGUUGGUGGAAAUCGGGCGAUUGCGGCACAAGUAGGCUUGGUUAUGUUGCUGCACGUAUCGUUGCAGUGCAUUCUGGGCUCCUGUUGCACAUGCGAUAUAAGCAAGGAGGACUGCAGCAAAGCAAGCAGCUGUGGCGCACCAUGCUUGGCGCUGAACGCGAGAGAUGCAGCCAAGAUGAUCCAGCACAUCCAUAUUGUCGGGAAAGAGGAUGGCCGUGUUCAGAGCUUUGCGUACGACUACAAAUGCUUUGCCGUUUACGCCACGACCAAUUCGGCAAGGCACGCCACGCAUCCUAAGCAGAUGCACACACUCAGUCUCAGCCAAGUCGCACACUCACAAAUAUCCUGGGGUCUGAACUUCACUACGCCGGUUCGUUGGUGGAAGUAUCCAUGCCUGAAAUUUCAAAUGAAGUCCUGCCAAAAACCUCAGUAUCAUGUGUCAGCAUUCAUCAAAGCCAGGUUCUGGAGGCCACACGUGAAUAGCCUUGCUGUUCAGCAACCCGCAGUGUCUAGCACUUUAUACUCUCCGGUGUAUGACUCUAUGCUAACCGGGCUUGUCAAUCUGACCUACGUCGUUCCGGUGUCCAUGGCGUAUUUUCGGCGUGUAGAUAUACCCCUGGGUACUUUGAAAGCCGCACUUAACAUGUCGACCAUCCGUGUCACAGGAAGACGACGAUACGCUGCUGUCGAGGGCCUGGCGGUCUGCUUCAAUACCACUAUAGCCACUGGGCAAGCGGCUACGGAUGGGGCACAGCAUAGCAUCAGUUCGAGCAAUGUAGCGACCUUCAAAGAUGGGCGUUACCUGCCCAGCGACAAGAAAAGCGCCCUUAAAGUGCUCGUUCAACCCGCUGCGACUGGUGUGAACAUAUUCCUAAUCUCAUUGUGUACAGCUACCCUAUCGAGCAGUGAGCACCAGGGAUUGUAUACCAUUCUGGUGUACUGGCAAGGGUCUAGGUGUCCAGCUGGUUGUAGUGUUCGGGGAGUUUUCACUCAGACUGUCGUUCACCAGUUUUCCAUCCACGUUUCACCCAGACCAACUACCAGUCGUACGAGGCCACCUACCACACGUGCCAUGAUUCAAACAACUACGCACAUGCCACUAACCUCACCUCGUGAUCACCGAUCUCCAGUGCAGACAUCACCGUCUUCUUCAACAGUAUCUAUGGUAUCAACUGCAGUCACAAGUCAAACUCGAGCGGCUAAAGUUACAAACAGCUCCGCGUUUGUUGUAGUUGGGUCAUCCACACCUGUUCGAACCAGCAACAGUAGCGACUUGAACAGCAGCAAGAGCCAUUAUUUUAGUAAUGAGACAAGUCUGAGUAGCAGCAGCAGCGGCAUUGCAAUCUCUGGCACACAAGUACAGGCUCGCCGUGGCACAGCUGAAGGUGACGGUAGGACUGACUUCGAGCUCUAUCCGCACGCCAGCGAUCUAUGCAACUGCACCACCCUACCGUCCACCACUCCUGCAUCGUUUCUGGCUCGCUGGUACGGCCUGUUGAUUGCAGUCGGCUCUGCUAUACUACUGCUACUGCUUGCUGUGUGUGUAUGUGCCAUGUGCUAUUGUAAGCGACACAAGCAUUGCUGCAGCUACUGGUGUUGUCUGGGUGCAAGGAGAAGAGCCUCAGCAUCAGAAGGCAACACUGUGCGUCGACGGCAAGUCUCCAGCUCGGAGUCGACCAGUUCGUCGCUCCCACUCACCGAUCAUGGCCAACAGCACGCGCCCAGUUUCCUCUCUGUGAGCACCUCGGCGUCGCUGCGUCGCUGCAGCGUAACCUCGGUGACGAACACAACGUUCAGUACGGAGAAUUUCUAUGUGUCAACGCCCGGAGUGUCUGCACCGGUGGCGGUCCACUGUGUGGGUGAAAGUCACGACCGUGAUGCUGGUGGCGGUGGCGGUGGUGGUGGUGCUGGUGUUGACGCUGCUGAUGUUGGGCUGGAGUGCAGCAAAGUCCCCCAAGGAUGUGGCUCUGAGUGGAAUCAUACAGUGGCUCUGCCUGGAAAAUCUCCCACCGUCGAGUGCAGUAAGAGAAAUUCUGUCACUGGCCGAGACGCAUGCAUGUGUGUACACGUCGGCAACAAACCUGACACGUGUGCCUGCCGUGGAGAUCACGGCAAACAGUCCGGUAAUGUUUACAUGGACAUGGCCAGUAUUACAGUCAACACAUUAUCAGGAUGCACACCACCUCGCAACCAACAACCUACCAAAACAGCAGCAUCACGACCAAUCCCCAGCACAACUAGCCCUGUACCAAGAGGUUCUGCCCGUCGAGACGUAUUCUGCUCGGCGAAGGCAAAUGCACCGAAUGAUUCAAAUUGCUUCUACGAGUCGAUUGACUGUUUCUCGAUCAACAUAGCAAAUGAAGUUAGUGUACGUGUGCCCGUGCAAUCUACAGCGCCAUCACGGAUGGACAAACUGGAUGUGUCGCGAUCUGAUGGUGACAAUGAGUACGUUCCCAUGGCAAACAUGGUGCUGGUCAAUGGAAAGCUGACGCCACCCGUCAAUAGACAAGAGUGCGGGCCGGAUCAGGAGCAAAAACGCCUCGCCCAUAAUAUCCCUGGGACUGAUUGUCCGGGGCAGACGCGUGUAGAAGUUCAAGGAUCCACACAGGACAAUGGCCAACCAGUCCCAGCAUCUGCUGAAGAAGAAUUUGAUGACACGGCAGACGGAUGUGACGGGACUCGGCAAUCUCCAAACGGAGCAAGUCGGAAGUAACCGAUGAUGAUAUGCCGGGUUCUUGUGAUUUACAUUGCCCGAUGAGGCAUGCACCAAGCUACCUGGAAAGUCUCUAAGCUCUACUUCACUGGCCGCCAAUCAGCCACAGCACAAAAUCUUCCACCCAUGGCACUCUAUCACGGUAGCACUACUCACAGUUCAGGAAUUACGGUGCACUAACGUGUAACACACAUACAUACAGCUCAAGGCACAUGGUUACUACGGAUUGUAAGUUAGUCAGUGUUCAUCAGUCACUCACAAGGAGGAGAAGUAGACCGGCACCGGUUACCAUGAAUGCCUACGGUGUACUAUCAAUAUGUGUCACAUGAUCCAUUUUGUGUCACAUGAUCCAUUAUGUGUGAGUAAGUACCCAUGCUACAAUAGCAUCUGCAGACCUGAGUCCUGAUGAUAACAUGUGUACAAGAAACUGCUGCAAUGCUCCACUAUUAUCAAUUUUUCAAAAACAAUAUUAAUUUUUUGGCGAUAAGCGAGUCCCUGGCUUGAGUCCUGGUGGUGACAAUCAACUUUCUCUUCAGACGUUUCCCAUUUGCAGCACUUAGACUAAUGAAUGUUCAAUUUGUGCAUUCAUUUGACCGUCACCCUCACCUCGAUGCCAACAUUGUUAUCAUGACAUGCUGGUUCUGGUGUACGUCAGUGAAGAACAUCUCCGAUUCUACAUCAUGCACAUGUAUUAUCAAUGAAGCAUCUCUAUCAAUUUCAAAAUGCAGUAUAUAUUAUACUAUGAUAAUGAUACCUGACCUCCCUA